AUGUCGCGCGACUCCAGCCCGCCGCUCCCGGAUCUCGAGCCCCCAAGCUCCCCUCCGCUGCUGCCGACGACGUCGGCGUCGCGCAAGAAGCGCGCCCGCUCCCAGUCGCUGCAUGAGCACCACCACGCCAAUGACUCGUCCAACCACACCUCCAGCGACCCCUUUGUCUUCUCCAGCGAUGACGCCGCCGACGAUGUUGAGAACUACAACAGCCCCGCACGCAAGAAGCGGCAGUACACAGGCACAUGGAACCAAGACAGUGGCGUCUGGCUGCCCAGCGACUCGUCGGAUGACUCGCUGAUUGAGAAGCUGGCCGCCGCCAGCACUGGUCCACCCCUGUUCGGCCAGGUCCCGCGCCUCAGCGCUCCCAGCGAGCCUGACGAGCUUCCCGUCGCGCGUCCUGUCCACGUGCCGGAGCCGCGCUCGACAGAGCACGCCGUUGCUCAUGCAAAGGUGCACGAGUGCGUUGAAGAAGGAAACGAGAGAGUCGAUCUUUCUGCCCUGCAAUUGCGUUCCAUUGCCGAUGAUCUUCUUGAGCCCCUGGCCCAUCUCAUCAGGCACCCUAAGGUCGGCGCCGAGGUCCCGUCCGAGGAAGCUUAUGAGCCUUUCACUCCAUCGCUGCAGCUGUAUCUCUCGAGUAAUCAGCUGCGCAGCUUGCCGGGAGCCCUCUGGGAGCUGGAAAAUCUCGGUGUCCUUAGCCUGCGCAUCAAUAAGCUGACUGAACUAUCUCCAGCCAUUGCUAAUCUCAAAAACUUGAAGGAGCUCAACCUGGCCGGUAAUAGGCUGCGCUGGCUACCUUGGGAGCUCUUGCAGCUCGUUCCGCCAAGGGGAAAUUUGACACGGCUGAGCGUCUCGCCCAAUCCAUUUGUAAGGGGCCUUCGCACUUAUCAAGGAUUUGAUUUGCCUGCCGAUCCGGUGAAGAUGCAGCAGGUGGUAGACGGAAUGAAAGCGGCUUUGGAAGAGGAUGAGUUUGAGGAUCACGAUGAGAAGCAGAAGCUGGUCUGGACACUGAGGCUUCACGAAUCCGUGCUCCAGAAGAUGCGGGAGGAGGCAAACUCGGCCGAUGGAGGUUCCUCGCCGCAGGUGCCGUUCAAGCCUCCGGUGUGGAAGCAGGAGCCAAUCUUCAUCGCUUCGACUUCAGUCUCUCGCAUGGACUUCGACGGCCGUCUUCUGUCUGGCUCGCCCCAGAAGCCUUCCUCCACCUCCUACGAUGUCACUUCCUUCCCCGUUCCUUCCGUCGGACACACGCCUGCCGAUGAUCUCCCUACGUCGGCUUCCCGAGUCCCUUCCCUCUUCGAGCUUUCCCUACGUUCCGCCGCUCGCGCCGUACCCAAUGCCGAACUCCUCCAUGACCUCUUGCCUGUCGAUACCCCCGACCCCGUCCUCCGCGCCCUCGACGAUGCCGUCAAGGUUCAGCAAAACGGCGGGCAGCAGUGCUCCGUCUGCAAGAAGGAGUAUAUUCUCCCGCGAGCUGAAUGGAUCGAGUACUGGCACUACGUACCGGACUCUUUGGUCUGCUCCGGCGACGACGCCUUCCUGCCGUUCCUGAGGAAGGCGUGCAGUCUGGGCUGCGCGGCUUCAGUGAGGGGAGGGGAGAUCUGA